CCGUGUUAUACACGAAUACUUUUCGGAUGAUCAAGUCCGUGAUUUCUUAACUCGAACCCUUAAACACAUGUCUACAAAUGGUGCUCUUUACAUCGUCCGUACUUAUGGGGGUGGUCCAAUUAUUGACAUUGUUUCGGCGUCAUUGCAAAACCAAGAUGCUGCUUCACAAAAGGAAAGACUAAAGGAACUAGAGAAAAAAGUAGCUCAACUUGAGAGGGCUCUGGGUUCAAGGAAAUCCCGAGUGGAAGCUGAUAUAUACAUGGCAUAUAGUAACUCCCAUGAUAAACUUGGCUUCAGAACAUACAUGAAACCGAAUAUUAAUCCUGAGGAAAUACUAAGGAUAUUAUUGAUGAAGCACUUAUGCCUAAAGAUAUUCGACGAUUUCGUUAUGGUGAAUAUUGCUGGAUCUCAGAAGAUUGUGAAGGGUACUAAGCAGUAUGAAUAAAAAAAUGAGGCAAGAUGAGAUAGGUUUUCUAUGGGAUGGAGAAUAUGUGUUGUUUUGCAUCAAUGUAAUUAUGUAUGGAUUUCAAAAUUAUGUGCUCUAAAGUGUCUGACUGGUAAUUUGUUUCAGGAGGAAGUGUGAUUUAAUGCAAACAAACAAAUUUGCCUUUGACGAAGUCAGGCGCAAAGCCAGACAUUCUAAUGCUAUGAGAAUUUCAACAUGCACUGAUGAAGCCUAGGCCGGCCACGAGUUUGGUCUGGCACGGCAAGAGCCCACAACUAGCAUGGGCCAGCAUGUGAAGUACGGUGGUGGUUGUGGCCGGCCUGUGGGCUGUGCAUAGACUCCGAUCUUUAUUAGUUUACUUGU